GAAGCUUAAAUAAGGUAUUAAGAUAUAUUAUUUCAAACUUAUUUCUGUGUUUUAAUUCGAUUUUGUGGAUUCUUGUGACAAAUGGAAGGUAAUGUACAAAUAUGAAAUGUGUUCAGCAAUAUUUGCUACCCAUCUUAUCUCAUUGCCUACACUGCUAACAAUUCCAUCGUGGGUAUCUUUACCUACACCUAAUAAUCUGCUGAGAUGGGUAUACUUCACAGUUGUUUUUUUGUACGUACAGUAACUAGCUACAAGCCAAUACCUCAAUUACCUAGCAUGAGUGAAAAUAAAACAGAUUAUACUAUUCCAAUUGCAGAACUUGACAUUUAUCAAAAGUAUAGCACAAAUCCUGAACGCUCCGGAAUUUCAGAAGUAACACUACUGUCAGAAUCACCCCUACAAAUGCCAGACUCUAGUAUUUUUAAUUGUGAUGAAACAUUUCAGCUAGGAAUUUCUAACAACAACUCCCUGAAUAUUGAUUUCAAUAUACCCUCUACAAUAAUAGGAUCUUACUCUACUUUUGAAAGUGAAAGCUUAAACAUUGCACCUGAAUCUAAGUUUUCAAAGCGAGUUAGACCAGUAUUAAUGACUAUUGGAUUUUCAAAGUUUGAUAUAUUUAAGAGAGAGAAAGAGAGCAGUAAAAAUGGGCUGAAAUUUGCACCCAUGAUUUACACCCUGGAGAAGAUAAUCGGAGAUGAAUUGUCUAUUGUAACAAUGGAAAAUUUACAGAAGUCAAUCAAGACAAGCAUAAUACCAGAAGUAAAGAAAGAAUAUUCAUUUCUUCCACAUCAAAAAGAUAUUUGGGAAAACCCUAAUCUUUGCAAUCAGAACUAUCCAUUUAACACAAACUCGUUAUUUCGCCGCAAUUUGAAAGACAAAUUUUCCAGAGCACUUCAAUCACCUUGGCGAAAGCAUACUAAUCAAUCUAUUAGAAUUCCAACAACCCAAAUGCUAAGUGUUCCAAUAGUUGAAUAUGAAAAUAAAGAGUGUUAUAGUUUUAUCGGGGAGUUUCCAGACGUAACUUUAAGGUCACAAAACGAAGUUGCACAUACAAAAGCAAAUUUCAAAAGUGAUGCUUCUUUGAUAUUAUACGACCAAUUUGAGCCAUUGCAGAAGGGUGAAAAGAAUAAAGACUUGAGAAGAAGAACAUCUAUCCCAAGAAGAACUUCAGUAUUAAGGAGAGGGCGAAGUAUAAAUUCAAAAUCAAUCCUUAAGAAUAGGGUCAAUGUCCAUGCUGAACAUGAACGUACUCGGGCUCUAGAAGGAGAUGAAAUUAACGUGGAGGAUUUUAUUGAUGAUUUACAGUACAGAGAAAGGAUAAGGUGUGAAGAGUCUAUCCAAUACCCUACUUUCAGACAAGGGCAAGUAUAUAGAUAUUUAAAAGAUGCUUACUAAAAA